AUGUUCCCACCACCAAGUGAGGGUUACAGUAACGGCUAUCACCAUCACCAGCAGCAGCCACAUGAAGGCGGCGGUGGUAUGAGUCAACGAUUUCGGAGAGGUAGUCGGAGCAAGUCACGUGACCACAGAGAUGGGAAUGGGAAUACUAGGGUUUCUUAUGGGCAGAAUUUGGAGAAUGAAAGGCCUCCAUGUACGGAUUUCGAUAUGGCCUACUUCCACUCUUAUGCUCACGUGGGUAUUCACGAAGAGAUGAUCAAGGAUCGUGUGCGCACUGAAACUUAUAGGAAUGCAAUUUUCCAACAUCAGAAUUACAUUGCAGGCAGAGUUGUGGUAGAUGUUGGCUGUGGCACGGGCAUUCUUUCCAUAUUUUGUGCUCAGGCUGGUGCAAAACGACAACUUUAUGGACGCCUUUGCCAUGUUCAAGUUUGCUGGUAUGCUCUACCAUUUGUGCAAGUUGAAGGCGCGAGGCGUGGUGUAGGCCUCAUUGAGGUAUAUGCCGUGGAUGCCAGUGACAUUGCGGCGCAGGUACUCUGUUGCAUUAAUUUUUGA